AUGCAAGCUAGAUAUUUACCCAUAAAUUUCCAAGCAACGUCUUCAUUUAUUUGUGGUAUCAUUUUUGGAAUAUACGUCUGGUUUGAGUUUCACGGUCCGCUGAUCUUAAAGUGUAGUGACGAUGGUAUCACAGCCAUGCGGGCCUUUAGAGUAAAGAACAAGGCUAAAAGUGUAAACUUACCGGACUUGUCGGAAGAUAAGUUUUUGUUUAUUGGUAUAAUGACGGCAAGAAAAUAUCUCGACUCUCGAGCUUUCGCAAGCAGCCAGACAUGGGUGUCUCGAGUUCCAGGAAAAGUUGUCUACUUUCUUGGGGAAGGGGAAGAAUAUACAGGGGAUCUGAAUGUCAUCCAGUUGAAAGGUAUCUCGGAGGAGGAUUAUCCACCACAGAAGAAAUCGUUUGCUAUGGUUGAGUACAUGAAUGAACAUUUUGCCAAGGACUACAAGUGGCUGAUCCGGGCAGACGAUGACGUGUACAUAAAGGUGGACGAGCUGGUCAAAUUUCUGAAGUCAAUCGAUGACAAACAACUGCUGUAUAUAGGUCAACCUGGUUUCGGAAAAUCCACCGAACAAGGCAAACUAGGUUUGAAUGGCUCAUUCUGUAUGGGAGGCCCUGGGGUGAUCAUGUCGUCCAAGCUAGUGACAAGGGUCGCCCCACGGCUUAAGGAAUGUAUUAAAGUCACGGCCACAGAGCAUGAGGACACGGAGCUUGGUCGGUGCAUCACGAUCAGCACUGGGGUACAGUGCACAGUAGCGUUUCAGAUGAAAGAGCUGUUUUAUCAAAACUAUGCAGAAUUGGACUUACCAAACAGUUCUUUUAAAAAACCAUUGGGACGAGACGAGCUUCGGGCGCUGACCCUACAUCCGUUGAAAGAAUCAUCAUACGUGUUCCGAUUGGAGAAUUUCUUUAAUCAAAAUAUUUACCAGAGACUCACAAAGAGAGCAGCAGACCUGAAAGCUACACUUGAAACACUAGAUACCGUGGGACAGGGUACCGACAUGCUCGCCUUAAGUAAAGAUAAGAUUGUUAGGUCAUCUCAACCUCAACAUGAUGUCAAUAACAGCCAGAUCACUAAUUUAGAAGAUGAUGCUAACAAACGACCAGAUGUAGAGACCCGCAUAGAACAUAUCAGUUUGUUACCUAAGGGGAGAUCAAUUUAUCAAGGUCCAGACCAGCUUUGGGAAUUUAUUCGCUACAAGACAAUGUUCAGUGCUAAGUUGGAGACGGGAAAACUUGUGUUUCCAUUGGAGCACAAAGGUAGACGUGACCUGCACCAAGAGAUGGUUAAAUAUGCGAUGUCUUACCUCCAACAUCAAAGGAUGGCACCAAAUUUUGUCAAUACGACCUACCAGAGACUGUCCACCAACAGAGGAGUGGAGGUCUUGUUGUUCAUCAAGACAUGGAACAAGGGGAGAAAAUCUAUUCAACCAAUUUACUUAAGGAAACCAUUACGAAGUUUGUUUGUAGAUGUUAGAGAGGCUGGCGAGGAGAUGGGAAACCAAGAAAAAACAAUUUAUAUCCUUAUGCCGCUGUUUCGGAGGUCUUCGAUUUAUAAAAGAUUUUUGGGUAUGCAUGCGUCUGCAGUUAAGGGCUACAGAGGCAAGGUCCAACUAAGGCUGGUCUUGUUUGUAGAUGACAUAGGUGAGCACAAUCUAAUAACUACCAUGACGUCAUCAGCUCUGAGAAGCCACCCUCAUUUGGAUAUCACAAUCUUGUAUUUAGAGGGACCUUUCAACAGAGGCAAAGGUUUGAUGACAGCAUUGAGUGACCUCCCUAUAUCCUCUCUACUCCUCUUCAUGGAUGUAGAUAUGGAAUACUCCUCUCAUUUUCUUUACCGUGUCUCCAAGUAUACAGUCAUGGGCAGAAGCACAUUUUUCCCUAUUUAUUUUGUUCAUUAUAACCCAGAUUCUGUGUGUUACAAGCAAGAUGACUGUGAUACCCUACUCAACAGCCGACGUGAUGAAGUGGGGCUGUGGAGAAGUUUUAGUUUUGGCAUUGGUGCAGUUUACAAGGGUGAUUUAAUCAAAGCUGGAGGGUUUAAGACAGAUAUUGAAGGAUGGGGACUUGAGGAUGUUGAUUUCUUUGAAAAAUGUAUCACUGCUGGUCUGGAAGUGAUCCGAGGCUCAGACCCUUCCUUGCUUCACAGAUAUCACCCCAGAGAAUGCGACACGUCCCUUCCAGAAAAUCAGCUGCAACAGUGUGUAGACAGUGGUUCAGCCAUGCUGGGCUCAGUGAAAAGUCUGUAUCGUAUGUUGAGUGACUUCUCAAAAGAGGAUGCUGAUUUGAUAGGGUAA